AUGCCUGGACCGCAAGAGCAGAAUCACGAUUACUUUUCAAAGCCAACUACUCCUUCAACACCAGGCCAAGUCCAUCUCGGCAAUGUCGCAAAUCGUAUUCCCAGCACUAUUUCGGACCGAGAAGGUACAGACCGGUCAAAAUCGACAAACUCUAGACAUCGUGUUCUCCAUGGGUUACCCUCAAGGUUCUCAUCGCGUAUAAGUCGACGACCGGCGACGUCCAACAGAGGUUUUUCAAGAAUGUCUAGUGAAGGCACUGCCACUCGUCCUACAGCGCCGCAACAUUCUUCACACCAUCACACUUAUGCACCCGCGGAAGAUGGGUACUACCAGGAGAACCCUUGGUUUGGAGAGCAGGAUAAGAAACCUAUCUUUAGUCUUGGAAAGCCUCUUCCUCAUAAGGUGAGGCGCAAGGUGUUGAAGCCGAUCAAGCCUGAUGGAAAGAUUGAUGAAGAGAUGGCGAUUGUGAAGGAGGAGUCUGCGAAUGAAACCCAUCCUGGAUAUACUUCCCGGACUAAUUCCGGACAACCCUACCGGAUGCAAACGCAGAGCAGUCUUCAGUCGCGCGAUAUGCAACGACAACAGAGUCGGACUACGGCAGCUGGAGUUGCACACAACGACAAACGAAAUGAUGCUGGUCAGCCGGUAUUUGACUACGUCCCCAGCGAAGCACAGGCUACCCCUGGACAUCGCGAUCCUGCUUCAAGAGUGGAAUCAAGACAAGAUCGUAACACCUCUCAGCCCGAGCACAAGGUCGAUGGCGAGCCAUUGGGUCACCAAGAGAAGCCUUGUGUGGAAUCGGGUGAGGCGGAUCCUAAUGAGAUGAGAAACUGGUGGGCAAGGAUACGCGCCAGACAUCCCGAACCACUCGCCGAAUUCCUUGCAACAGCCGUAGCCAUAUUCCUGGGUCUCACGGGUACUCUAUCAGUCAACCUAUCCGCCAAACAGUCACAGCCUUACGGUACAUACGAGACAUCAUGCUGGGCAUGGGGUUUCGCCUGGAUGUUCGGCAUCUACCUCGGCGGCGGUGUCUCGGGUGCACACAUGAACCCAGCCAUUUCCCUCUCCCUAUCCAUCUUCCGCGGCUUUCCCUGGAAGCAAUGCGGCAUCUACAUAAUCGCCCAAUUCGUUGCAAGCAUCGUCGCUGGAGCAUUAGCCUACGCGAUGUAUGCUGACUCAAUUAGUUACGUUGAUCCUGACAUGACAGGAAUGUCCAUGACAUUCUUCUCCACGCCUCGAGAAUGGGUUUCUCUAAAAUCUGCAUUCUUCAAUCAAGUCGUCGGCAGCGCAAUCAUGAUGAUCGCCGUCUUUGCCCUCGGUGACGACCAAAACAAUCCCCCUGGUGCUGGAAUGCACGCUUUAGUCCUGGGUUUCCUUGUUACGACUCUCAAGUUCACUCUGGGCUACAACAUUGGUUCUGCUCUGAACCCUGCUUCUGACUUUGGGCCUCGUGUUAUUGCGUAUGCUGUUGGAUAUCGACAGGAAAACGUAUUUCAUAGUGGAUGGUGGUUUUAUGGACCUUGGGCUGCGACGCUCAUAGGUUCUAUUCUGGGAUGUGCGCUUUAUGAUAGUUUUGUGUUUGUGGGAAGUGAGAGCCCUGUCAACUUUAGAUUUGACAAGAGGGUUAAAAAGCUAUUACAAUAG